GGAAUUUCCUACCGCAUCACCCGCGGCGGAGAGCGGCGGCCGGGUGUGGAAUGCGCUGGCCGCGCGCCCGCCCGCAAUCGCUGGGGCUGAAGCACCCGGCCCUCGCACUUGGAACUGCGGCCGCUGCGCGGCCCCCCGCGCCGAGAAGGAGGCGGGAAAGUGCAGCCCCCUCCCGCUCCAAGCCGCUGUUCCCGUAAAGCCAGCCGGGGUGGCUGAUUCACCCCGGGGACAGCUGGCGAGCACGGAGCCGGAGCAGCCCUGGCUAACACACACUGAAGCCCGGCUCAGCUGCUCAGACUCCCAGCUUCCCAAUCCCUGCUAACGAGCGGGGGAAGGGAGGGCUCUGCAUGCAGCACGUGCCCCGCUCCAGGUGCCUUCCCCUAGCCAGGCUGGACGCCUUCGCGACGAGCGUCACUCAGUCACUGAGACAGCUCCAUCAGCCAAGGCAGAGAAGGUGGAUAACUGAUGGAUCAUUUUGUGCUUCAGACAAUACUGCUCUACACAGCGUUGUGCUUCAGUAUAUACCAAGGUCAAGAAACCCAGGAAUUUCUACCUACAUUCCUCAAAGUUUCCAAGAAUUUGCCUCUGCAGCGUUUGUUGGUGGAAUGGGAUGUUAGUGACUUAGCCCACAAGUUUGAACUAGAAAUGGUUUUUGACAUUCAAGUUAGUCGAACUGAAGAAAUGAAUGUUGUCUGGACUGAGUAUUAUAACACAACUCUCAGUAAAUUGAAUAAAACUCUGCACUGGAGUUGGGAUUCAGAAUUACCUUUGGAAUGCAUGUCCCACUCUGUAAGAAUCAGGAGCAUGGUGAAUGAUGAAAGAUUCUCUAAAAUCUGGAGUCGUUGGAGUCAGUGGGAGACAGUGCUGGGCCUAGAUACUUCAGAUGACAACACACCAUACAUCUUCCCAGAAGAUAAAGUUGUAGAGGAAGGCUCAAAUGUCACUUUUUGCUGCAUUGGAGGCAAAGAUAGCCGAAUUUUGAAUAUUUUGUUUAAUUACACUGAUUAUUAUUACCCAGACUCAAACACAAGCCAGCGAAACAUGGUGAUUACUAUGAAUAAGGUGUUGCAUGCAGACAUGCCUGGCAUUCUUGUCUUUUGUAACAUCUCUGGUAAAGGAAGCAAAAAUUACAGUGCAACACUUCUCUUUGUGGGCAAACCACCUUAUGAGCCUAAAGAUCUUUCCUGUGACACUCGGGACAUGGAGACAUUAACUUGUACUUGGAAUCCAGGAGAAAAUACCUAUCUUUAUGGGCCUCAUUCAACAAAAUACCACUUGUUUGAAAGGUUUUCCCAAAAAACAUUGUGCUACCAAGAAACAGUAACGUAUCUAGAACCCAUCCAUUGUUCUUGGGCCAUAGACCAGCAGAUGAUAUACAACUUAACACUGACUGCCCAAAACCCUCUAGGAGAGAGAAGUGCUAAUUUUGUCAUUGAUGUAGCUCAAAGAGUUCAUCCAUCUCCCCCCUUUGACCUUUCUGUAGAACAUAUGAAAGCCACAGAAAUCAGUUUAUACUGGAGUAUGCAGCCCAAGCACAAAGCAAUUAAGCUGCUAUGUCAGAUGGAAAAUCGCCACCCAAGUGGGCAAGUGGAACUGCACAAUAGUUCAGUUGUUGAGUCAAAUUCAUACCCACACCUCACCCUAGGUGGCUUGCUGCCUUUCACCAAUUAUGCCUUUAGAAUGCGCUGUGGUGCAGCUAGCCACUUCUGGAAAUGGAGUGAAUGGAGCAAAACUCUAAGAGUCAGAACAAAUGAAGCAGCUCCCUCAGGGAAACUUGAUGUCUGGAGAGAAGUUACCCCAGUUUGGGGAGGACGGAAUGUGACCUUAUUCUGGAAGCCAUUUCCAGACUUUAGAGCUAAUGGUGGAAGUAUUUCAUUUGAGAUAUCCUGGGAAAAGUUAGAGAAUGCCUCUGAGCCUGAACACAUUUCCAUUUCUGCAUUACAAAACAGUACUACAAUUUCCAUCGAUAACCAUUCCUACAAAGUCAGCGUGGCAGCAAGGAACAAUAUUACUUCUUCACUUCCUUCAGUGAUCAUCAUCUCCCGGGCGACAGAUAAUGGUGCUGAAGAAAAGGUUGAUCACACUGACCUUGAAGAAGAAAGAGUUAAUGGCACAGUUGAUGGCAUUUAUAUUUCUUGGAAGGCCACAAAUGCAUUUGAUGGAUACAUUGUCGAUUGGUGCAACUUUCCGAGGUCCCAGCAUUGUGACUUUCAGUGGAAGAGAUUCGAUUUCAACACCUCCAGUUGUCUCAUCAACUCAGCUGCUUUCAUGCCUGGGGUGAGAUACAGCUUCAGGGUUUAUGGAUCUCUAGCUAAUGAAGAUUUUUUCCUGGGGAAGAAGGUUGGGUACACUAAAGAACUGGCUCCUAGCCUCAACCCUCUAGAGGAAAUAACUGAGAUGACUUCCCAUACUGUAACCAUAACUUGGGAUUCUUAUCCCAUAAAUGAGUCACAGCCUGGAUUCAUAAGAGGUUAUCAUGUUUAUGUGAAAACCAUGGAAGAAGAAUGCAGUUUGAAGGGAUCCACUAAACAUGCUCUUUCAGAUGGUACAGUCCUAUGUAAAUACACUAUAGAAAACCCAGAAGAAAAGAGAUACAUGGUGAAACACCUGGUGCCAGGAACAACAUAUGCACUGGCAGUUACAGCUUACACCGGUGGAGGAGAGACUCCCAUCGAAGCCUAUAUAGAUGUAGAUACACCACAUGACUCAAAGAUUUACCUUCUCGUUCUGCUAGUGAUCAUUUAUUUUGUACUAAGUGGCGUGUGCUUCUGGAAUAUCAAGUGGGUGAAGGAUUGCUGUUGUCCUGAAAUUCCCAAUCCUAACAAGAGCAAAGUCCUCUCAUUUAAUGGAUUAAAGCUUAAUUCUGAAGCAGUAAUGAAGCUAAAUGACUGCAUUCCUGAUACUAUAGUAUUGGAGAAUACAUCAGAAGCCAAUACACUACAGCUGUGGAGCCAUGGGACUAUCUUAGAAAGUGAAAGCAAAGUUAUCAAUCCUUCCUGGGUGUAUUUUGUUCAAAAUGAAGAGGGAGAUUUGAUGUGCACACAGUCAGCUCAAGAAGCUUGCACUUCAUUUGAAAACUUAGCCUAUUCUUCCCAGACUGCACUUGGUUCCAGCCUCUAUCAGAACCUCUGGAUGUCAGAAAAGAGUGAGCCACAGUUGUCUAUAUUGUUGUACCAGCCACAGCAUUACAUUGAAAUUCUGAGUAAAGACACUGUCCCAUCCUUAAGAGAAAUCACUGAGAGAGAAGGUAGUUUAAGAUAUAUUUCACAAAUGGAAGUACCUCGUUCUGAGGUUAAGUUAAGUGAUUUGCCCUAUUCCACUGAGCCGAUGGAACAUUCAAAUGACAAAAUACAAACAGUCUUGGGUUCAGAGCUGGUCACAUCUACAUCUGAUGUAGAGCUGUCCUGACUGUGAACGUCUUCUUCUAGCAACUCAGCAGUGUUAUUGCUUCUAGGCCGGCAUUAAAAACUGACCUGCCUAUUUAAACAAUCUGUAUGCUAUAGUUCAAUCAGAAAUUAGGGGCAUUAAGCAGGAAUUACAGGGUGAGAUGGUAUGGCCUGUAGUAUGUACACAUUCAGAUCACAACUGUCUCCUCCAGCCCUAAAAUCUAUGAAUACGCGAGAUAAGAUGCACCAUGACUUGUGCAAGGUCAUUAAACUACCACAGAGAACAUAGUCAUUCUCUGAUCACAGUCAAGGGACACCCUUCACAUGUAUUAUCCCGCACAGACUUAUUGCAUUGCUGACGCUAAUAUAGAAGGCAUGUAUUGUGAACCUCAGCAUGGAACAUUACUCCUAGCUUUGAACUCCCUGGCUUUGGUUGGUUGGGGUCAGAAUGUUAAUUAACUGUGUUUUGUAUUUAAUUUUCCACAUAAUAAUAAAAAAAAUUCCAUGAAAGGUCAGCUGAAGCCUUCAUGCUGGGGACUAAGUGCUUAAAGGAAUUUAUUGUGGUACACAGCACUAGCUGCACCUUUGACCCUUCUCUGGGCUCUCUGAGUGCACUCCUUCAGGUGCUAGGCCUCAUGCCUUCACCACCUGCCUCUAGGGGGGAAUCCCAUGAUUCUCUCGCUUAGACUGAGUCUCAGGCAACAGCCCUUCCUCUGUGUACCAAUCAUGAUUGCCCAGCUGGGUUCGGCCCUGCAAACCCUUCAGCAACUCUGAUCAGAAGUGAAUAUCGGGACCCAGAAUGGCCUUUUCAGAAACAAAGGAUUGUUUCCUCUCAACAGUAGAAACAAAGCAUAACAAGAGCAAGGGUGUUUUAACACAAGAAUUACCUGCAUCUCAAUCUUACCUAAGCUUAGGGUCCAGGCACCCUCACUUCUGACUGCUGAGUUCAGUCUGCAUCCCAGCAGCAGUUAGGGAGUCCAUCCAAAGUCCUUUGUCUGCCCUGUGUUUCUUGAGCCUAGUUAAACCAGUUUAUGUGGCACACCAGAGGGGUUGGGUAGAGAUCUUCACAGCAGUUGCUUUUCUUCAUUGUCAGGUGUUUGCAGGGCAGCUGUUAUCAGGUUAUUGUCUUCCUUUCUGUGCAUGUAGCUUCUUUUGGAAUUACCCCCCUUUACUCAUAUAACAAACCACCAGGUGGACAUAUACUGUUCAUAAAAUGUUACAACUUCCACAUCCUUCACAAAUGGAGUCAAAUCAAGAAAACGAAUACUCAGGUUGAUUAUCAGAAAAAAAAAAAAUCUGUCAUUAAGGUGAAUUUGAAUGUGGAAUAGUUUCCCAAGAAAAGUAAUGAAAAUCCCAUUAUGUGUUACAUUGACAAUAUCUUGUCAACUGGACAAGAUAUUAGAAAAUGUACUGUAGAGAAGAAUCCUACAUUUGCAGGGAGCUGAACCGAGUGAUCUGUGAUCCUUGCUGUAUCUAAUUUCCAUGAAAUAUCUAGUAGCUAAGAAAGAAUUUGAUCUACCAUUUAAAAUAUUACAGUUUUUUAAAAGGAUGUAUUUGCAAUUAACCAGAUCAUUUCUAAGGAUAUAUAAAAAGGAGUUUCCUCUAAAGAAAAAUUCUUAUGAGCAAAAGUGAAUAGUUCAUAUAAACUAAUUAGAUGCCAAAUGUACAGACUAUUCCCCAAAUUAUCUUCAGAGGAUCUCAGUAGGAUAGGCAAAGUAUUUCAGGGGCCAUACAAGCGAGUGACUAGGUCCUAGUCUGUCAAAGUUGUAACCCAAAAUGGCAAUCCCAUCAGAGAUGCCGAAGACUGAAUAAACAAGAUCUCAGUUUCAUCUCUGGCUAUAGUUGGACACUGGAUGGAAGCUCAUAUGGACAAAGGAGUUCAAUCUGGAACCUUUUACAAGCACCCAACUCAGUUUUAAAAUGCCAUUUUUGAGCACAGCUUUAGAAUCAAGUAUAUUUUCACAAAAUGGACAAAGUUAUCUUUUACAGAUCUUGCAUAUUAAAAUAAGUGUGAUAGUUUUCCUCUUAACUGAUCACUCAGACGCACUGGCAAGAGACUACAGCAGUGGUAGUCAAUUAUUUUUUGUCAAGUUCCAAAUUUCUUGGUCAAGGUGUAGUCAAGGUUCAGACUCUAAAGAAAAUAAUAAAAAAAUAACAAUGAUAAUAAUAAGUAAAUAGAAAGAUUUUGGGAUCCAUUCAAAAGCGUGUGGCUGUCCAGAUUUGGCCCACGGUCCACCUAUUGACUACCCCGGACUACGAUGUAAUAAAAGUACAAACAAAUGGGCUGCUACAACAUUGUAACCAUAGAAGCACAAGGUAUUCUUAUCCAUCAGUGUGCCUAUCAGUGUGGUGGGAGAAUCAUGCUGUUGAAAUUCAUAGAAUCUGGAUGGAUACAAGCAGUCACUGAUACUUUUGGUACAGAACUUGUAAGUGUAGGGCCAAAUCUUCAGAAGCAUGAAAAUAUAGUUGAAGUGCACAAAUACCCCAGCAUGCAUAGAUCAGCAGCUUCGUAUUUAUUGAGGUAGUUAGGUACCUACGUUACAUGUACACCAUUGAAUAUUUGGCCCAUAUUGUGGCAGUAUUUAUAUUUGUGAGCCUGACGACAGGUAUAAAAUAUGGUAAAUAACUUGCUUGAUUUUUGUAGUAACAAUAUACCUAUAUUAAAAAAAAAUCACUAUCAGUCUCAUAGUAGCCACUUUUUCACAAAGAAAAUUCUAAUUCCUUGCUCUCCCUUCUUCCCUGUGCACACACAUACACACAAUACGAUACAUCUUACCUAAGAGAGUAGCUAGGAUUUAUUUGGUUUAUUUCCAUUAUCAGUUGGUAAAUAACAAAUUAUUUACAACUUUUAAAAUCAGAUUUCCAAUCUGGUGUCUACCAAAGCUCGUUUUUACCUAUUCAUCAUCUAAGAUAGCAGUCUCAGUUUCUCCUUUGCUUGGUAUUAUAAAUUUCAACAUUUAAUCCAUAAAGUUCAGGAGACCUAUCCAGCAGGAAUUGAAAAUGGACAUUUUUAUUGUUAGUGAACACUAUACAGUAGCUUGCAACUUCUGUAAAUAUGCUCUUGAUGCAGUUUGGCCAUUUGUUGGAGUUUAUCUUCUGCUAAGACUCAACUGAUCUACAGUUUUGCUUCGGACAAAAUGAUAGAAAGAUAGUUUUUCCUGUCUUACAACAUGGGUUUUGAUGCAAGUAUCAGCUAAUCUAUAUUUCUGCACGAGUGACUAACAGACAUAAGGAGGAAGCAUCCCCCUCCAUCCGGGUAAAAGCAGUGCUAGGGCAACAUAGGAACCAGGAGAGCAAUUUUCUUAGAUUAGCACAUUAAAAGAACUGGUUAUUUGUAUUAUAGUAGUGCUCAGAGGCCCUGUUGUGCUGGGAGCUGUAGAAGCAUAGUGCCUGCCCAAUUCACGUAUCGACAUGGAUGAAGCACCUAGUUGCACUGGUGAUUUUAGUAGAUUUCAUCCUGCACAAAGAUUAGUUGGCCACAUGGACUGUCAGAUUGAUCAGCAGUCUUUAAUACUGUUCAUUAUGAAGUGUUAUUAACCCAUCUUCAGGUGGGCAGUUAGAGCGUGUACAGCCUGGAUAAGCAGAAUUAACCCUCUGCCUUUGAAGAAAAUAGUGUUGUUUUGGCUCAAGAAUUUUUCUUUUCCUUUAUUAGGGGCGGGAGACCUUUUCUAGAUGAGAGACCAGGUAACCCUAUUUC